AACGCAACAUGGCAAGAGUGAGUUGCUGGGAAGGCCAAGUUUGUAUGUUUUGUGGUGAGUGCCAUUCUGCGAGUUGGCGAGUGAGUGAUCUCGUGUUGUGAGUUACGACGGGUCGCAAUGGGACGACGGUUUGACGUCGGAGUCGGAGUCUUCGGCGCUCUAUUGCUCGCAAAUGCUGCCGUUUCUACCGUAUUAUAUAGGGGGGAUUUGAAGAUUAGAGAUGAGGAAUUUACUUUUCCGUCUGCACAGGUGGUCUUCGAGGUUGCACUAAGUUUGGUGUUAUGUUUAUGGGCUGCACUUAAAAUACCAGGCUCUUUUCUUCCAAUAUUAUCAGAUGCGAAAGAAAACAGGGUGACAAUGUUCCCUGCAAAUCUGGACUUCAUGGUUUUCAAUCAUCGGGGGAAACUAUUUCCACCUAAAUUUGUGGAAGCUGAAUUUUCUUGACCGUGAUGCCUUAUCAAGAAGGAAAGCCUAUGUAACAUCCUUUAUUCAGCAGCUUGUGAAAGCCCAUUCAAUGCCGGAAGUACGGCGAGAGUUCGUAUGACUCCUCAUGGAGCAUUACUCCUGCGAGAGCUUUCGCGUCAUGAAGCAAGUGAUUUACUGGCUUUGUGGGAUUGAGGAGACAGUUGGAUGCGGUAGACCUUUGACGUGGUCACGAAUAAUUGACUGGUGCUGCAGUUUCUUUUCAUAUUCCGAGAGGCUAACAUCGUAGUUGAUUGUUGAAGGUCUGCAAUGUCAUAUUAUUGGUCUGUCAUGCGUUGCUUUACAGCCUUAAAAUGUGAACGCACGAGUUGAUGGGAAUUAAGCCAUUUAUCUAUACACAAUGGAAAAGGCGUGCAGAAUGUGCAAACCUAUUUCACGAUGUGUUUAUCCUGCUGCGUUUUUUCAGCUUGUACUUUAUCCUUUUGGAUCCUGAAAUAGGUGUUAACUAAAAACAUUUCAGGAACAACCUUGUCUACUUGAUGUGUUACUAAGCUGAUGAUAGUCCGUGACACCAUGUCUCGGCUGUAAACGCUCUGUACAAAAGCUUGGCCUUACAAUGAGAACGCAGAACCUCGUUUCAUGAA